GCUAGAAACGUCGGGUUUCUUCCAUUACGAAUCAUUUUCAGCAAUUUUCGACUCUUCUAUUCAAAAAUUACUGGAAACAAAAACAACUUGGAGUUAUUUUAAUUUUUGCUUAAUUAUUGUAAACUGUUUGGCCUCAAAUCCUUUUUCUUUUGCAUCAACUGAUAAUGCUGAACCGGUGACUGAAAAAUGCCAUGAUGAAUCCCAGCAACAGGAUGGAUACUGACAUGAUGGAGGCCGAUUUCUCGUCGGCGCCCCCGCCUCCGCCGUCAUCUCAGCCUCCACCGUCGAUCCCCGACCAAGUUGAUGGGGUGAGAGGUCUGUUGUCAACGGCUCGUCAGCUGAUUGAUCAAGGCCGCCCUUCCCAAGCUCUCCAAGUGGUGGUUAUGGCAAUGAGGAGCAAAGGCGGAGAGGAGGCUGUCUUCCAAACUCUUACCCGAGCUCGGGAAUUGUAUAGGAACAAAGUUGAGUGUGCAGCUGCUGACGAGCUCGCCACACUCUUUGCUGAAUGUGCUAUUGUAGAAGCAAUACCAUCCAGUGUGGAAUCCUCUUCACAUUGCACGACUGAGCGUGCUGUUGAACUCAGUGCUCAUGGAAGUUCGAUACUUGCAGAAACUGGCCGAGAUCAGAUUGUGCUCGAUGCGUUUGCCGAUGGGAGCAGCUUUGUCUGUUUGCAGUGUGGAGGUUUGGUGAGCAAUCAACGUAAAGAUGAGCACUAUGCCUUCUGGUGUUGCAAACUUUGAUGUUGCUGUUGGAAGCUCAUGAUUGAUCACAUCCAACAUCUAGUUUCUUCUAUCCUCACCCUAGAUCAUCUCCAUUCGAGCAUUGUGUAUAAUGUACUGAGGUUGUUUGCUCUAGAUAGUUUGUUUCGUCUUGGUUGCUUAUGAGCCUCAGCUAUGUAUGUUUGUCAGAAAAAAUUUUUGGUGACCCAAGUUACGGAAUUGAUUGUCUUGUGGAUAGGUGGUUAUGUGGUCUCAAUUUGGGGAGUCCACAAAUUAUACUACUCCACUGUCAAUGGAAUUUGUACCAUUUGCUGAUAGAAUAAGAUUUGAUGAAAGAAAAGAAACGAUAUAGUACUUGUGGCUGCUGGUAUUUUUGAACCUGUUCCAUAAAAUCUUUUUUCUGUUUUGUAAUGUAAUUGAUGUUUUUCUUCAAUUCGCAAAGAUGCUGUCUUUUCGAUAUUCAUGUUCGUCGUGAUAGGUAAUUUUGGCAUAUGACAGAACUGGACUGACCAUGUAAAUGGGAUGAUACGCCUACUACAUGUUUCGGUGGUUUUGCAACUUCAGGUAGUCUAAUUGUACUGUGUGAUGGCUUCCAGAACACAAGCAACCAUCUAUAGGUUUAACUUCACUGAAGAUGCCAAUUGUGUAUAGCCAAUCUACAGCAUCAGUUGUGUAGUUUUGGUCUCCUGCAACAUCUUUCUUUAUAAGGC